UACCUACAAUACAGAAAAAGCUAAUCUGUGAUGUCCUUGGCCCUUCAUUUUCCAUCAUUUCUUUCUGUUGAACCCCCAACCCUUUGCAAAGCUUCGCCGGAGAAACCGAUUUCCGGUCGCCGGAAAACAUGUCGGCUCCCCGUGAUAAACAAGGUUGUGGAUGUUGUGGGGGCAUCUUCAGUUUGGGUCUUUCUGCAGUUUUCUUGUGGCUAUGGAUACAUACUUCAAACCCCAGGUGCUCCAUUCAAACUCUGUCCUUACCUUCACUUAGCGGAGCCUCAAACCUCACAUCUGACCCUACCUUGAGCCUCACGCUGAGGCUGGUGAACCCGAACCAGCUCAAAGGGAUCAAGUAUGAUCCUCUGAACGUCACAGUUUAUGAUUUUCCGAACAGGAGUAAUGUCAUAGGUAACAUUUCGAUGCCGGGGUUUUACCAGGGGUACAUGAAGAAGGCUUCGAAGCUAGGUCGAGGGACAGCUAACAUGUCGGUGGUUUUGCCGGCGACAUCGGAGAACGGAACGGGGGUUUUCCGGGUGCAGAUGGCGACGGCGGUGAAGUUUAGGACCAUAUAUGGGUAUUCGAAGAGGCAUAGGAUCAGGGUGGGAGCAGAUGUGGUGGUCAACGCUAGUGGUGUUAAGGUUGAUCCUAAAGGGAUCAGGCUUAGGUCGAUGGCACCCAAGAUGACGGGAAGUUCCUUUGCGGUGCUGGUAGCUUUGGUGAAUUACUUGUUCUUCCCUUUGCUUUGCUUUUGGUGAGUUGUUGCUUUUCUGUUUUGGACGUUGACUGCGAGUUAAUUAUUUGUGUCC